UCACUUUUAUUAUUUUUGGUUUUUGUUUGCGUGAAUUUUUUGCUUUCCUGACUCAAGUUGGAAUGUUUGCUCAUUUGCUGCGUAUUUUUCUUACUACUUCUUGAUAGUUUCACCAACGGUAUAAUACCAGCUGUCUGAUUCUACUGUAUAACACGUCCAGAAACCCUACCCGUAGAAUCUAGAUUAUCAAUCCUCAACCAUGUCGAAAUCCACUGCCAGCAGUAGCGCUGCGCCGGGUUACAAUGAUAUACCGGAUUUUCCCGAUUGGGAGGAAGAUGAUGCCGAUGAUUCUGCAACACAGCCAGCGGAACAGGAUAUUGAACCGCCUCGUGGCUUCACCCCUCCGCCAGCGGAGACGGAAGAUGCGGAAGGGUCGACAUCUGAAACACAAUGGAACCCAGUGGAGGUGGAUGGCGGGGGAUUUUUCUCGGCCAAUGAUGAUUACAACGUGUGCGAUGAGUGUGAACGGCCAUUCGUCGAUUCCUGGCUGCGAAAGAAUUUCCAGUGUAAAGUCUGCGAUGAUUGCCGUGACCGCGACGGCAAGCACUCUCUCGUGACCAAAACUGACGCCAAAAAUGAAUAUUUACUAAAGGAUGAAGAUUUUGAUAAACGCGAGCCGCAUCUCAAGUGCAUUACCAAGAAAAAUCCUCACAACGCCAACUGGGGCAAUAUGAAACUGUUUCUUCGCUGCCAGGUAGAAGAACGAGCUUUAGAAGUAUGGGGAACUGAAGAAGCUCUGGAUGCUGAGCGGGAAAAACGCCAGAAUCGGAAGGAAAAAAGCAAGAAACGAACAUUCGACAAAAUGAUUAAAGAACUGCGAAUGAAUGCCAGGAGUUCGCUGGGAAAGAAUAUUCAUUCCAAUCACGAGCAUGUUUUCGGCGAAGAAGACUACGAUGAAGAGAACGACGUGUACCGGAAGAAGUGCAAAAAAUGUGAUCAUAUUACCGAGUAUGAAAAGAUGUGAAUUGUGAAGUUUGGAAGCCGUUUGUAAAUAUUGUGCAGAUGUAACGUUUUUCUGUCUCUUAUUUAAAACUGAGUUUUACAGAUUCUUAUGAUCUUAUCAAUUUCCGUUAAUUGUGUUACUAGUAUUCAUGUACCUUUGGCUAAAAUCAGUGAAUCAGAUUUGUAUUCCGAAACCAAUCGGAAAAAUGAGAAAAUGCAAUAGAAAUGGAUCGAUAAACGGAACG